UGUUGCCUCCAAGUAGCCAUAUUGAGAGGAGCAAGUCCCUGCGUAAUGUGGAGAGCAGGUCUGGCUGAACGCGGAUAAAUCCUGCGCACAGACGCUUGUGACGAUGGCGGCCAGUGAGGUGGAUGUUUUCGCACUACAAACCCAUUCUGGAGUAUAUCGUUGCCCAAUUUGAGGACUGUCUUGAAGAGGAGCUGAAAAUAAAGCAUUCCCUGUUUAACUACCAUGACUCAAGAGUCCACAUCUGCCUCUAAUUCAUCGCUCCCACUGGACAUUCCCUGAAGUCCAUUGAUCUUGUCAUGAUGAAGAAGCUGGACAGCAAGGUGAACAUCAUCCCGGAUCUUACCAAGGCGGACACCGUAUCCAGGAGUGAACUGGACAAAUUAAAGAUGAAGGUGAUGAGUGAGCUGGUCAGCAAUGGAGUGCAGAUUUAUCAGUUUCCUACUGAGGAUGAGGCUGUUGCAGAGAUCAACUCUUCCAUGAACUACUCUGUGUUCCACACUCAUCUUCCAUUUGCUGUGGUUGGAAGCAUAGAAGAUGUUAAAGUAGGAAAUAAGAUGGUGAAAGCAAGGCUGUACCCCUGGGGAUCCGUGCAGGUGGAGGAUGAAAACCAUUGUGAUUUCGUGAAGCUGAGGGAAAUGCUGCUGCGUGUGAACAUGGAGGAUCUCUGGGAGCAAACACACGCUCAACACUAUGAGCUGUACCGUCGCUGCAAGCUGGAAGAGAUGGGCUUUGAGGACACGGGCCCUGACAGCCGGUCGUUCAGCAGGCUAUCACCGAAGCUGAUGAACCAUCCGGUGGAGACCAUGUAUUAUCGUUACCUUCCUCUACAGAGAAUUUGGGAGACGACUUGAGGACAGCGUUGACCAUCCUGCAGCCAGCAUGCCUCCUCCUCCUCCUCAGAGCCUCCAGUCCAGCGGGUUGACUCUCUCUGAAACAAGCAUGGGUUCCUUUAAGAGGAGGAAGAGGAA